AUGAGCACACCAACGCAGGAACUGACGCCCAAUGUGCAGUUCGACUCAGCCGAAUCGCCCUCAAACACCAAACGCAAGAUGUAUCAGUCCGGCUCGCAGACUGGUGUUUCCACGCCACGAUCACAAGCAGUCUCUCGCCCUCUCACCCUCACCCAUGGCUCGCUUGAAUACAACUUCUUAAUACCGACAGCCCUCCACUUCAACGCCACGCAACUCAAAGACGCCUUCCUCCAGACUCUCCCAGAACCCACAGACGAGCUUGCUCAGGAUGACGAGCCGUCAUCAGUCACUGAGCUUGUGGCUCGCUACAUUGGCUUUGUAGCCAAGGAGGUGGAAGAGGGCGAGGAUCCGGAACUCUUCACUGAGGUUCUGAAGCUCGUCCUGCAGGAAUUCGAGCGGGCUUUCUUGCGAGGCAAUGAGGUCCACGCCAUUGCUGCAAAUCUGCCCGGCAUCGUGGAGAAGAAACUUGUCACCGUACAAGCAUACUACGCAGCCCGAGCAGCAGUCAAGCGACCCAUCAGAGCUCACGAAUCUGCUCUUUUGCGCGAAGCUGCUGACGAGAAUGCCUACAUCUACGCCGUCUUCGGCGGACAGGGCAACAUUGAGGAAUACUUUGAUGAGCUGCGGGAGAUCUAUAACACCUAUCCUUCGCUUGUCCGAGAUUUUCUCAACGUCGCUGCGCAACACCUUCAAUACCUCUCUCGCGACCAACGAGCCUUCAAGAGCUACGCCAAAGGCCUUGAUAUCCUGCGAUGGCUGGACAACAAGGACACGCAACCAGACACAGACUAUCUCGUCUCUGCCCCGGUCAGUUUCCCUUUGAUCGGUCUCACUCAGCUUGCACACUACGUAGUGACCUGCAGAGUACUUGGCACUCACCCAGGCCACGUACGAGACCGACUGGCUGGAGCGACCGGACAUUCGCAAGGUGUGGUCACUGCUGCAGCCAUCGCCGCUUCGUCGAAUUGGGAGACCUUCGACAAGCAGGCGAGAAAUGCCCUGACCAUUUUGUUCUGGAUCGGAGCUCGAAGUCAACAAGCUUACCCACGAACCUCUCUCGCGCCCAAUGUCUUGCAAGACUCCAUCGACGCCGGCGAGGGUGCCCCUACACCUAUGCUCACGGUUCGAGACUUGCCUCGCGAGACAGUGGACAAGCUCAUUGCCACCACCAACCAACAUCUUCCUGAAGACCGUCACAUUGGCAUCUCGCUCGUGAACAGCGCAAGGAACUUUGUCGUCACCGGUCCACCUAUGUCACUAUACGGCCUGAACCUGCAGCUACGCAAGAUCAAGGCACCCACUGGACUCGACCAGACUCGUAUCCCACACACUGAGCGCAAGGUGCGCUUCACCAAUCGAUUCCUCCCAAUCACCGCUCCCUUCCACAGCCCAUACCUAGUCGAGGCUAUUAAGCACCUGCAAACAGAUCUUGCAGAGAUCGACUUUACCUCUGAUGAGCUUGGAAUUCCCGUUUUCGACACCUUCACGGGCGAGGACUUGCGAGAGAACAAGGGUGCCAACAUCACCGCAGCUUUGGUAAAGAUGAUCUGUCAAGAGCAAGUGCUUUGGGAGAAGGCCACCGUCAUGCCAAACGCCACCCACAUCCUCGACUUUGGCCCAGGUGGCAUCUCGGGUCUCGGUGUUCUCACCAACCGAAACAAGGACGGCACUGGUGUGCGAGUCAUCCUGGCCGGCACCAUGGAUGGCACCAACACAGAAGUUGGCUACAAGCCAGAAAUCUUCGACCGUGAUGCUGAGCAUGCGGUGAAGUAUGCCGUGGACUGGCUGAAAGAGUACGGACCAAAGCUUGCGAAAGACUCGGUCGGUCAGACGUUCGUGGACACCAAGAUGAGCAGAACGCUGGGACUUCCACCGGUCAUGGUUGCUGGUAUGACACCUUGCACUGUGCCCUGGGACUUUGUUGCAUCGACUAUGAAAGCCGGCUACGAGAUUGAGCUUGCUGGCGGUGGAUACUACAACGACAAGAGCAUGACUGAGGCUAUCUCUAAGAUCGAGAAAGCCAUUCCAGCUGGUCGUGGUAUCACAAUCAACUUGAUCUAUGUCAACCCGCGAGCCAUGGCUUGGCAAAUCCCGAUGAUUGGCAGACUCCGCGCUGAAGGUGUGCCGAUUGAAGGUCUCACAAUUGGUGCUGGUGUUCCAUCGAUCGAGGUUGCAAACGAGUACAUCGAGACGCUGGGUAUCAAGCACAUUGGAUUUAAGCCUGGAUCUAUGGAGGCUAUCCAGGCCGUCAUCAACAUUGCCAAGGCCAACCCAACUUUCCCAGUCAUACUCCAAUGGACCGGUGGCCGUGGUGGCGGGCAUCACUCUUUCGAAGAUUUCCAUCAGCCUAUCCUGUCCAUGUACGGCAGGAUUAGACGAUGCGAGAACAUUGUUCUUCUGGCUGGAUCUGGUUUUGGUGGCGCUGAAGACACCUAUCCAUACCUCAACGGGCAAUGGGCGAAGAAGUUCGGCUACCCGCCAAUGCCAUUUGACGGUGUUCUGUUCGGCAGCCGUGUUAUGGUCGCCAAAGAAGCAUACACGUCCAAGAUGGCCAAGCAAGCUAUUGUGGAUGCACCUGGUCUUGAGGACCACGAGUGGGAGAGGACGUACAAAGGCCCAGCUGGCGGCGUCAUCACCGUGCGAUCUGAGAUGGGUGAGCCCAUUCACAAGCUCGCCACUCGCGGCAUCAUGUUCUGGGCCGAGAUGGAUCAAAAGAUCUUCAGCUUGGACAAGGCGAAGCGUAUACCAGAACUGAAGAAGAUGCGCGAGUACAUUAUCAAGAAGCUGAACGAUGACUUCCAGAAGCCGUGGUUUGGUCGCAACAAGGCCGGCCAGAGCGUCGAUCUCGAAGACAUGACGUACGGCGAAGUUCUUCGCCGGAUGGUCGAGCUCAUGUAUGUCAAGCACCAGAACAGGUGGAUUGACAAGUCGUUGGCUCGCCUGACUGGCGACUUCAUUCGUCGUAUCGAGGAGCGCUUUGCACCGGCUGAUGGCACUGGAUCAAUCGUCCAGAACUACAGCGAGCUCGACGAUCCUUUCAACACUGUCAAGAAGGUGUUGGAGACGUAUCCAGAGUGCGACGUCCAACUCAUCAACGCCCAGGACUGCCAGCACUUUUUGUUACUCUGCCAGCGCCGUGGCCAGAAGCCGGUGCCUUUCGUGCCUUGCUUGGACGACACCUUCGAGUUCUUCUUCAAGAAGGACUCGCUGUGGCAGUCCGAGGACUUGGAUGCCGUUGUCGACCAAGAUGUUGGCCGUGUUGCUAUCUUGCAAGGCCCAAUGUCUGUCAAGUAUUCAAAGGUGGUCGACGAGCCAAUCAAGGACAUCUUGGACGCCGUGCACCAAGGUCACAUCAAGAGCCUGACCCAGGACCUUUACAAUGGCAACGAGAACAAAAUCCCUCGAGUCGAGUAUUUCGGUGGCAAGCUCAUCGAAGCCAGUGAUGACACCAACCUCGAGGGUCUCACAGUCAAUGAGACUGAGCACAAGAUUCUGUAUCGCCUGUCGGCUGUCUCGAGCACCACCCUACCACCAGUCGACAACUGGAUGCAGCUCCUGGCCGGCAAAGCCCACAACUGGCGACAUGCGCUCUUUACUGCAGAUGUCUUUGUCCAAGGCCAACGAUACCAGACAAACCCGAUGCGCCGCAUUUUCGCACCCACGCCCGGCAUGGUUGUGGAGAUUGUUCAUCCAAACGACCCCAAGCGCACAGCCAUUACCAUCAAGGAGCCCUCGCAAGGCAACCAAUACGUGCAGACUGUCGAGGUCAGCAGGCCAGCGGAGAACGAGAUCGUUGUCAAGAUGAUCGAGGACCGCACGGCAUCGGGCCGCCCAGUCGCACUCCCCCUGCGCUUCACCUACCACCCAGAGACCGGUUACGCUCCUAUUCGCGAGGUCAUGGAAGCACGCAAUGACAAGAUCAAGGAAUUCUACUACCGCAUCUGGUUCGGCGACGAAGCUGUCCCAUUCGAUACGCCAGUCACGUCUCGUUUUGAUGGUGGCCGCGCAACUGUAACGAGUGAGGCCAUCAACGACUUCGUCCAUGCCGUUGGCAACACUGGCGAGGCUUUCGUCGAUCGUCCUGGCAAGGAGGUUUUCGCACCCAUGGACUUUGCCAUCGUUGUCGGCUGGAAGGCCAUUACCAAGCCAAUCUUCCCUCGCAAGAUUGAUGGUGAUUUGCUUAAGCUUGUCCAUCUCUCCAACGGCUUCCGCAUGAUUCCAGGUGCUGCUCCCCUCAAGAAGGGCGAUAUUCUGGAUACCACCGCGGAAGUCAACGCCGUCAUCAACCAAGAAUCUGGCAAGAUGGUAGAGGUUUGUGGCACGAUUAAUCGCGAUGGCGAGCCAGUAAUGGAAGUCACCAGCCAGUUCCUGUACCGUGGCGCCUACACUGACUUCGAGAAUACCUUCCAGCGCAAGGUCGAGACGCCCAUUCAAGUGCAUCUCGGAUCAACCAAGGAUGUCGCAGUCUUGCAGUCCAAGGAGUGGUUCAAGCUGGAAAAUACAGAUGUGGACCUUCUCGGCCAAACUCUCGUGUUCAAGCUGCAGAGUCUGGUGAGGUUCAAGAACAGGACCAUCUUCUCCUCUGUCGAGACGCUUGGUAAUGUCGAGCUUGAGCUGCCCACCAAGGAGAUUAUCAAGAUCGCCGCUGUCGAGUACGAAGCUGGAGCGUCUUAUGGCAACCCAGUACUGGACUACCUAACCCGCAACGGUUCUGCUCUGGACCAGCCUGUCAACUUCGAGAACCCCAUCCCACUUAGCGGCAAGACUCCUCUUGUUCUGAAGGCCCCAUCGUCAAACGAGACUUACGCGCGUGUCUCGGGUGACUACAACCCCAUCCACGUUUCUCGCGUCUUCUCGCAAUAUGCUGGCCUACCUGGCACCAUCACCCACGGCAUGUACUCCAGCGCAGCUGUUCGCAGCCUCGUGGAGACUUGGGCAGCUGAGAAUAAUGUCGGCCGUGUGCGUAGCUUCCAUGCUUCGCUUGUUGGCAUGGUUCUGCCUGACGACACUAUUGAAGUGAAGCUUCAACACGUCGGCAUGGUCGCUGGUCGCAAGAUCAUCAAGAUCGAGGCACAAAAGGCAGAGACCGAAGAGAAGGUCUUGCUCGCAGAAGCUGAGGUCGAGCAGCCAGUUUCAUCCUAUGUCUUCACUGGCCAAGGUUCGCAAGAGCAAGGAAUGGGUAUGGAUUUGUACAACUCCAGCGAGGUCGCGAAGGAAGUGUGGGAUCGUGCCGACAAGCACUUCAUGGACAACUAUGGCUUCGCAAUCACCCACAUCGUCAAGAACAACCCCAAGGAGUUCACUGUGCACUUUGGUGGUGCUCGUGGAAAGGCUAUUCGCAAGAACUACAUGGACAUGACUUUCGAGACUGUCACUGCCGAUGGCAGCAUCCGUUCGGAGAAGAUCUUCAAGGAGAUCAGCGAGGAGACCACUUCCUACACCUACCGCUCGCCUACUGGUCUCUUGUCCGCCACGCAAUUCACCCAGCCAGCUCUGACGCUGAUGGAGAAGGCGUCCUUCGAGGACAUGCGUGCCAAGGGCCUCGUGCAGCGUGACAGCAGCUUCGCUGGUCACUCUCUCGGCGAGUACAGUGCACUCGCCGCCCUCGCAGAAGUCAUGCCAAUCGAGAGCUUGGUGUCUGUCGUCUUCUACCGUGGUUUGACGAUGCAAGUCGCCGUCGAGCGUGACGAGGCCGGCCGGUCCAACUACUCCAUGUGCGCUGUCAACCCAUCGCGUAUUAGCAAGACCUUCAACGAGCAAGCUCUGCAGUACGUUGUCGAGAACAUCGCCGAGACCACCGACUGGCUGCUGGAAAUCGUCAACCUGAACGUCCACAACCAGCAGUACGUCUGCGCCGGUGAUCUCCGCGCCUUGGACACCCUCACCAACGUCUGCAACUACCUCAAGACGCAGAAAAUCGACAUCCAACAGCUCAUGCAAACCAUGAGCCUCGAAGAUGUCAAAUCCCACCUCGUCCAAAUCAUCAAGGAGUGCGCCAAGCAAACCGAAGCCAAACCCAAACCCCUCGAACUCGAGCGCGGCUUCGCCACGAUCCCCCUCAAGGGCAUCGACGUCCCCUUCCACAGCACCUUCCUGCGCUCCGGCGUCAAGCCCUUCCGCUCCUUCCUCCUCAAGAAGAUCCACAAGACCAGCAUCGACCCGGGCAAGCUGGUCGGCAAGUACAUCCCCAACGUCACGGCGAAGCCCUUUGAGCUCACCAAGGAGUACUUUGAGGACGUCUACCGUCUGACCAAGUCCCCGCGGAUCGGGAAUAUUCUCGACAAUUGGGACAAGUAUGAGAGUGAUGAGCCCGGGAUUCAGAGGCCGAGGGCGGGCAGUAUGGCGGUGCCUUCGUCGUAG